AGGUGGAACUAUAGAACUUUGCAUGGUUAUUUUCAGUAUUUAUAGGUGAGAUAUAACUGUUCUUAUGUAUAGGUUAUGAUUGGCGAUUACCUGGGCCAACACGAGGAGUUUCCUCUUGCUGUCAUGCACGCAUUUGUUGAUUCAAUGAAAUUUUCAGAAAUGAAGUUUCAUUCAGCUAUUCGUGAAUUUCUCAAAGGUUUUAGACUUCCAGGAGAAGCUCAAAAAAUUGAUCGCAUUAUGGAAAAAUUCGCAGAGAGAUAUUGCGCAGACAAUCCGGGUCUUUUCAAUAACGCAGAUACUGCCUAUGUUCUAGCCUAUGCAAUUAUCAUGUUGAAUACAGAUGCACAUAAUCCAAUGGUUUGGCCGAAAAUGUCAAAAUCAGAUUUCACACGUAUGAAUGCUAGGAAUGAUCCUGAAGAUUCUGCUCCAACUGAACUUCUGGAAGAGAUCUAUGAUUCUAUUGUACAAGAAGAAAUUAAACUAAAAGAUGAUGACAGCAGCAUGAAGAAGUUCAGCAGUCAAAGGCUAGGAGGAGAAGAAAGAGGUGGUCUUGUCAGCAUUCUUAAUCUGGGUUUGCCAAAAAGAAUAUCAGCAGCUGAUGCUAAGUCUGAGACUGAGGAUAUUGUUAGGAAAACACAGGAAAUUUUCCGGAAGCAUGGGGUGAAGAGAGGAGUCUUUCACACUGUAGAGCAAGUUGACAUUAUAAGGCCCAUGGUGGAAGCUGUUGGAUGGCCUUUGCUUGCUGCUUUCUCCGUUACAAUGGAAGUAGGUGAUAACAAACCAAGGAUUCUUCUCUGCAUGGAGGGAUUUAAAGCUGGCAUACAUAUUGCUUUUGUUCUUGGAAUGGAUACAAUGCGAUAUGCCUUUCUAACAUCGCUUGUCAGGUUCACUUUCUUGCAUGCUCCAAAAGAAAUGCGGAGCAAAAAUGUUGAAGCACUUAGGAUAUUACUGUCUUUGUGUGACUCAGAACCUGAUACCCUUCAAGAUACUUGGAAUGCAGUUUUAGAAUGUGUUUCUCGGCUAGAAUUCAUUAUUUCUACUCCUGGAAUUGCUGCAACAGUAAUGCAUGGAUCAAACCAGAUAUCCAGGGAUGGGGUUGUUCAAUCAUUGAAGGAAUUAGCCGGGAGACCAGCUGAACAAGUUUUUGUAAACAGUGUGAAGCUGCCCAGUGAAUCUGUUGUGGAAUUCUUUACUGCUCUAUGUGGUGUUUCAGCUGAAGAACUGAAACAGUCUCCUGCCCGUGUUUUCAGCUUGCAGAAGCUUGUUGAGAUCAGUUAUUACAAUAUAGCUCGUAUUCGAAUGGUCUGGGCAAGAAUAUGGUAUGUCCUUGCUGAACAUUUCGUAGCUGCUGGUAGCCAUCAUGAUGAAAAGAUUGCAAUGUAUGCCAUAGAUUCUCUGAGGCAACUGGGGAUGAAAUAUUUGGAACGUGCUGAGCUCACCAAUUUCACUUUUCAAAAUGAUAUUCUCAAACCGUUCGUUAUCAUCAUGCGGAAUACUCAAAGUCAGACCAUAAGGAGCCUAAUUGUUGACUGCAUCGUUCAGAUGAUAAAAUCUAAAGUUGGAAGUAUAAAAUCGGGAUGGAGGAGUGUUUUUAUGAUAUUCACAGCAGCUGCAGAUGACGAAGUUGAAUCGAUAGUUGAGAAAUCAUUUGAGAAUGUUGAGCAAGUUAUUCUUGAACACUUUGAUCAAGUGAUCGGAGACUGCUUCAUGGAUUGCGUCAACUGUCUCAUCAGGUUUGCCAAUAACAAAGCUUCAGACCGUAUAAGCCUGAAAGCUAUUGCCCUUCUCAGAAUAUGUGAGGAUCGGCUUGCAGAGGGACUUAUACCUGGUGGUGUUCUCAAGCCCGUUGAUACCAAUGAGGAUGAAACUAUUGAUGUGACAGAGCAUUACUGGUUUCCGAUGCUUGCCGGUUUAUCCGAUCUCACAUCUGAUUUUAGGCCCGAAGUUAGAAACUGUGCUCUGGAAGUGUUGUUUGAUUUGCUGAAUGAAAGGGGAAAAAAGUUUUCGACACGUUUCUGGGAGAGUAUCUUCCGUCAGAUCUUGUUUCCAAUUUUUAAUCAUGUGAGUCAUGCUGGAAAGGAAAGCUUAAUAUCUUCUGGGGAUGUAAAAUUUCGUGAAACAAGCAUUCAUUCCCUUCAGCUCCUCUGCAAUCUCUUCAAUACGUUCUACAAGGAAGUUUGUUUUAUGCUGCCUCCACUUUUAAAUUUGCUCCUAGACUGUGCGAAGAAAUCAGAUCAGACAGUUGUCUCAAUUUCUUUAGGAGCAUUGGUUCACCUGAUAGAGGUUGGAGGCCACCAAUUUAGUGAGGGCGACUGGGAUAUGCUCUUGAAAAGCAUUAGAGAUGCAUCAUACACAACUCAACCGCUGGAGCUGUUGAAUGCUUUGAGUUUUGACAAUCCGAAAAAGAACUUAGUUCUGACAGGAGAAAUAGAGGCCGAUGCCUCUGAGUCUCCAAGAGGUGAUCCUAAUCCGGAUGAUAUUAAAGAUAAUGGGAAAGUUUCUGCUCAGGCAUCUCCAAGGAUUGGUACUCAUGGUGCUUCCCUAGAAUCUGGGAUACAGUCUAAGUCUGAUGGUUCUGAAGGUCGACCAUCCUCAUCUGGAAGGGCUCAAAAGGAUGGGGAUGAUGUGAAUCUGCAGCGGAGUCAGACUUUUGGUCAAAGAUUCAUGGACAAUCUCUUUCUUAGGAAUCUCACAUCUCAACCAAAAAGCUCUACUGCAGAAGUGUCUGCUGUACCCUCUUCUCCAUACAAGCAUGAGGAUCCUAUAGAGCCUGACAGCAGAGAAGAAGAGAGCCCAGCUCUGGGAACUAUUAGAGGCAAAUGCAUCACACAAAUACUAUUACUCGGAGCGAUCAACAGUAUCCAGCAAAAAUACUGGAGUAAUUUGAAAACACCACAGAAGAUUGCGAUUAUGGACAUCUUAUUCUCUUUCAUAGAUUUUGCUGCUUCCUACAAUUCAUAUUCUAAUCUUAGAACACGUAUGAAUCACAUUCCCGCGGAGAGGCCACCUUUAAACCUUCUCCGGCAAGAGCUGGAAGGAACCACCAUAUAUUUGGACGUCUUGCAAAAGACAACUUCUGGGCUUGCAGAUGAUGCAUCUAACACGGAAGAUAGACUAGAAGGUGCAGCGGAAGAAAAAUUGGUAUCGUUUUGUGAACAGGUGCUGAAAGAAACAUCUGAGCUGCAGUCCACUUUGGGGGAGACUACAAACAUGGAUGUUCAUCGGGUACUGGAGCUGCGUUCUCCCGUCAUUGUGAAGGUUUUGGAAGGCAUGUGCUUUAUGAACAACACGAUAUUCAGGAAGCACAUGAGAGAGUUCUACCCUCUGCUGACGAGACUUGUCUGCUGCGAACAGAUGGACAUACGAGGUGCACUAGCCAACCUUUUCAAAGCACAAUUGAAGCCACUUUUGCAACAGUAAAGGAUAUAUACCCCAGGAUAUUGUGGCAAGCUUAAACACUCUCAAUGUCAUUUACUGCCCACAGUUUGGGUUGUUUUUUUUCCUACAUUGGAAUGAUUUUUCUCCUGAUUAGAGAGCACAUCCCAAUUAAAUUGCCAGUGGUACUCAUACCAUAUCAGUUGCUUUUUCUUGCUCGUAUCUUAUAUUCGCGUCAAACUGAAAACCUCAAAUUUUAAGGCAUUUUUGGUUGAUUCUAUAAGAUGUUGUUCGUACCGCCUUUAGUUUUAAGUAUCCUAAAAAAGUAUCCUUUGGUCACA